AUGGCACAGGUGACACCUGCAUUGAUUUCACUUUUCGAUCCCGGUCAUUUCUUUGCAAAAAUUUCUCCGAGUUGGCAAGCAUUAGUUCGCACGUUAGGUGGUGUUUCGUCUAUUCGUCGGACUUUAAAAAAAGGUGAAAAAGGAGUGUCACGCGAUCUUAGAUUCAAUUGGUCAUGGAAAGUAUGGAAAGAGUUAAUUUUGAUAAUUUUACGUGAUACAACGUUUUGCGUUGUCGAUGAUACAAAUAGUUAUAAUAAUAUCUUAAUUCGUGGGAAUUCCACUCAGAAUGUUAUAAAGAAAUAUGGCAAUUAUUACACUUUUGCACGCUCGUUCAAUUCCAGCUCGGUUACCUUUGUCGAAGACAAGAAAGGCGGAGAAUCCGAUAAGGAGCCAAAUAAUUCGAAAAAAAGUUUCUUCAAUUCUGGCGCUUCAAAUGCUUCUGAAGAGCAACAGCAGGUUGAAGUGAACUCUACGAAGCCAAAAUCGAAGGCUAGUGCCAUAGUUCAAAGCAUUCUUCACGGCUCCGUACGAGCCAAGGAAGAAGAGAGACAAACUCAUUCGAAGUUAGUCGCCCGGGGAAAAUAUGUGCAUGAGUUAGUAAAACACAAAAUAAAACCGGAAUAUGUCGACGAUUAUAUUGCAUUAAUUUCGGAACACUAUCCUCGAAUAGCAAAUGAUCCCGCAAAUCAAUUGCAUCUUUCCGGAAGCUGGCAAACGGAAGUUGGGGAUCUCGAUUCUUUUUUUCAUCUCUGGGAAUACAACGGAUAUACCGGCUAUCAGGAGACCAAAAAUCAAUUGAAAAAUGAUCAGAUUUAUCAGGAUUUUGAAAAGAAAAUAAGGCCAAUGAUUCAGAACCGCACGAAUCAAAUAUGUCUUGAAUUUGCUUUUUGGGCAACUAGCCCACCUGCUGUUCGUGGUGGAGUCUAUGAACUGAGAUCCUAUGGCUUGAAGCCAGGUCAUUUGUUAGAAUGGGAAAAUUAUUGGCAUAAAGGAUUAGAGUGUCGUCGUCAAUUCUGUGAACCUGUGGGAGCUUGGUUCUCUCAGUUAGGGGUACUCAAUUAUGUUCAUCAUAUGUGGAACUAUCCUGAUCUUGAAACGCGUAAAACAACUCGUGAACAAGCAUGGCAAGUUGAUGGAUGGGCCGAUACAGUAUAUAAAACUGGUAAUUAUUUACGAUCCGCUCCGCUAAAUGCGCGAGCUUUAUUAGAAGAAAAACUUGGAUUUUUUGAUCCUUAUGUGCGAAAAUCGCAAAGCGAAUAG